AGUCUUUCCCAGGGCCCCGCUGGUACCUAAAUGCCCCAGCCUUAUUUCCCACUGCCAGUUAAAGCUUUGCGCCUGUGACUCAGAGUGCCACCACUGUGCCAUUAAAGAGACCAUUCAGUUUCCUCUGUGAGAAUAAUUGUGGCCACAGAGUUUCAUAUAACAAGCCGGCCCGUUAUUACGACUAUUUAGAAAGUGAUUGUGAAAAGCCAAUGGGAUGAAGACCACACUCAGCACGCCUGCCUAUCACAACUCCACGCCGUCUCCAGAGCCCAGUUAAAUUAAAUUUUCUUCUCCCGGGAUUCCCUUCAGGACAUUCACAGCCGACGGACAACCAGACGCAGUUACCUGCCUGCCGCUGUGGGUGAAACGGAUGCGGACUAAAUAUCACCUUGCUGUAUGCCGCAGCCUCCUGCUCAGCAUACUAAGCAUUUAAAAAGUUGUCCAGUUUAUCCUAAUGGCGGACCAUGGGGAGUCAAGGAAUCACUACUGGUUUUGCUUCAAAGCAUGUGCAGUUAUUAUUCUGCUCAUUGUCUUCUACCAUACAGUUCUGCAGAAUAACUCUUUGAGCACCAUGGAAAAGAGAGAACUGCUGAUAUCAACAGAGAUCCCAGUAGAAUAUAUAGAUCCAACUUCAAUUGAUCUCACUCCCCUGGUCAACACAUUAAUUAACUCUACGCAAUCAGGGUCACAACAACUCUUCUCCUUAUUGAGUGUGACUUCCCACAGUUCCCUGGCUCUUCAUAAAUUCACUCUACUGGUGUAUAACAUUUCAGAUUUCAGGAACAUAGAGACCAAGUCAUUUCCAAUGAGAUUCUGUUACUGUGUAAGCAACAAGACAAAUGAUCUAACAGAUUUCACAGCCAUAUUGCUGGAUGUAAUGGGAAAUUCCACCAGCUACCUUCAAGAAAUAUUCAAGUCUAGUUCCAUAUUAUCAGUGGGCCAGAGUAACAAUUCAGAAUGCACCUAUAUCUGCGUAAUGGCAGGGAAAACUGACAGAGACCUGUCCCAGCUCUGGGAGAUGGAGUCCAUCAAGCCUCUUUUUAAUCAGACCAUUACUGCUGAUGUCCACAAAGGCAAUACGUCAAUACCAGAGUCACCCAUUGACUGGCACCGUUUGCCGACAAGUUCAGGCACCAUUUCCUCAACUGACAUCAGUCAAAUACAGACCAGCACAAUUCACGGCACUUUGUCCGUACCAGCAACGACAACCACAACCAUCUUAAGAACCACAGCCAGAAUGGCGACUCAGUCACCACUCAGAGAGAGGUCAGGUUGUCCGCGGAAGAGGCCAGGGCUAAUGCACGUGGGCGGAGAGGACGGAGAGCUUGUUUCAGCCACCUCCUCCACCAGCACUACCGCUGUCAGUGCGCAGAAGCUGCAGUCCUGCUUGCUGGAGCUUUGCAAAUUCUUCUCGCGGUGCCUCUGCCGUACCUACACCAAAGCCAGGACGAAAAGGUACUGCGUGGAUACCCAUCCCUGGUAUGUGAAAUACACCCCAGAAAUAUGCAGGAGAUUUAAAAGAAUCGCUUAUUCUAAAAACCUGAAGCAGAAGUGCCUGGCCAGAAUGUGCACCAAGCUGUGAUGCGCCAAACAAAGUUCUAUUUUCCGCGGAACAUCCCUCUGAACUUCCAGAUGCCACACUCACUGUUUGCCUUUAUAAGCAUGCUGUUCAAUUCCAUGUUCAUUCGCGACUAGUUUCCUUGCUUUCGACCUAAGGUUUUCAUAAAAAGAAAAGCAUACUGCUGGACAUAUGCUUUUUUUAUAAUGGGGAUUACGUCUCGUCAUCUUUCUGAAAAUAAGUGCAUUUCAAUAAACAAUAUGGAC